UUUCAUAUGGAUUUAGCCCAUUAACCCCACCCACAAUUAAAUCAUCAAAAUUUCCCUAGUGCAUUUCCGCACCACACACAAUCCCCACUCGCCUCCCCUUUCUCUCCUCUCUGUGUUCCUUCCUCCAGGGUGGCCCACUAGCCAUGGUUUCGUGCGUGAGCGACACGGCUCGAACCCUCGGCUGCAGGGACGGUGCAGCCGCCACUCACCUCAAGCUUAUCUCACUUUUAGUAAUCUUCUUCACCAGUGUCAGCGGCAUAUCUUCCCCUGUCCUCCUGGCUCGUUAUUUCCAAGGCAAACCUGUGUACGACAAGGCGAUCCUAAUAAUCAAGUGCUUUGCUGCUGGGGUCAUCCUUUCAACCUCCUUAGUCCAUGUCCUACCCGAAGCCUUCAGCGCCCUAUCCGACUGUCACGUCGCGUCUCGUCAUCCGUGGAAAGAUUUCCCUUUCGCCGGACUGCUGACUUUACUCGGGGCUCUGCUGGCUCUUUUCGUGGACUUAACCGCUAGCUCACACGUCGAACACAGUCAUAACCCGAGUGGGGAUUAUUUACCUGUGGGAACACAGGAUGGAACAGUGGGAAAGAAGGUGGGUUCGAACGAGGAAAUGCUGAAGCUUAAGCAGAAGCUGGUUUCCCAGGUUUUGGAGAUUGGGAUCAUUUUCCAUUCGGUGAUAAUCGGAGUGACGAUGGGGAUGUCGCAAAAUCAGUGUACGAUCAGGCCACUGGUUGCUGCACUCGCCUUUCACCAGAUCUUUGAAGGCAUGGGCCUCGGUGGCUGCAUUGCUCAGGCCGGUUUCAGCAUGAGAACAGUUGCAUACAUGUGCUUUAUGUUUUCAGUGACGACCCCGAUGGGAAUAGUGUUGGGAAUGGUAGUAUUUUCAGUAACGGGAUACGACGACGGUAGCCGGAAUGCCUUGAUAAUGGAAGGUGUAUUGGGUUCUCUGUCAUCGGGUAUACUCAUUUACAUGGCUUUGGUUGAUCUAAUUGCUGUGGACUUUUUCCACAACAAAUUGAUGGGUUCACGAAAGUGGUUGAAGAAGGCUUCAUUCAUUGCCUUAGUUCUCGGCUCUACCUCCAUGUCUAUCCUUGCACUUUGGGCUUGAAAAUGUUUGUAUUUAUCUUGAAAGCAAAAGAAUAACACAAAUUUCAGAAAUGGGUAUGCGGGAGAGACGUGUAAUCCACUUUGAACUUUUUCUAUAACUUCUUUGAUUUGCUAUAAUUCCAUUAACACAAAAGUAAAGUGAAAAUGCAUUGCUGAGACAACUUGAGAGUGAAAUGCUACUAAAUUCAUAAAGCAAACAUGCAUGUACACGUUAGCCCAAUAUAGAA